AUGCCACAUCUCCCCCCGCGUCGAUCCGCUGCUUCCGCCGGACACUCCGCCGUCUCUAUGAAACCGUCUCCCCCCUCCACCGACGCUUCCCUCUCGGGAUCGUCGCGGAGCGACAGUAUGGCACCUGGAGAGAUAGACUACUCUCAGCUGCCGUCCGAUCUGGACCCGAGCCGGCUGCCGAGACACGUGGCUAUUAUCCUGGAUGGGAACUCGCGGUGGGCGACGCGCAGGGGGUUGCCUAAGAUGAUGGGGCACGAUGCGGGGGUAAACUCUGUUAGGGAGACGGUGCGGCUGUGCGGGGAGUGGGGCAUUCGCGCGCUCACUGUGUUCGCGUUUUCAACCGAGAAUUGGGGACGCCCUCAGGAGGAGGUUGAUUUCAUCAUGGGAUUGUUGGCCACCCUGUUUGAUCAAGAACUAGAUGAUCUUCACAGGAAUCGGGUGGCAGUGCGUGUGAUUGGUGAUAGAUCACGCCUCAGCCCUGAGCUGCAACGCAAGAUAGAGGCUGCACACGUCCGCACACAGAAUAAUGACGGGUUGCGUUACAGCAUAGCAAUGAGCUACAGUGGCCGCCUAGAUAUAGUGCAGGCGUGCAGGAGAGUCGCAGAGCGAGUGUCUGCCGGUGAGCUCCAACCCAAUCAGAUUUCUGAAGCCAUUUUGGAACAAGAGCUUUCAACGAGUUGGCUCGGACCAGACCUGGCUAACCCUGACCUGCUGAUCCGGACGAGUGGGGAGCUGCGGCUGAGCAACUUUCUCAUGUGGCAGUCGGCUUACACGGAGCUAUACUUCUGUGACACUCUCUGGCCCGACUUUGGGGCGCCCCACCUGCAUGCGGCACUCCUUGACUACCAGCAACGAGAUCGCCGCUUUGGUAGGCGCAAGGAGUCCAGCUGA